CGUACACUUAUCGUUCGCACUCUCGAGGCCUCGAACACCCGCGCGCGAUACCCAGUCGUCGCCAUGCUGGUGCUGGCGCCGAGGCUGGCGCUGAGGUGGCGGCCCGCGCCAGCUGCGCGCCGUCCCGCGGCCUAUAAGUACGGGGCCCAGCCCACGGCCUGCUAGACAAACACAAUGAGCAACCUGCCCGUUCUCCUGCUGGCCGUGUGGGCCGCCCCCGCCGCCCUGCAGGUGGUGAUGGGUCCCUGGGCGCACGUCCUCGCCUCCACCACCUCCAUCACGGACAGCAUCGUAUCCGGGGUGGCGGCCGGCGCGGACAGCCUCAAGCGCACGCUGCAGGAGCUCAACGCGACCGCGGCCAACGGCCUGCCGCUGGCCCAGGACAAGGUGCGCCUGUACGUCGCCGACCUGGGCAGCUCGUGGCGCUGGUCGGUGUCGUACGCGCAGUGGCUCAACCCUGACGUGCCGGCGACGACCUGCCCCGAGGAGGCCACUGUGAAGCGCCUCCUGGAGGAGGUGGAGGCAGACGCGCUGGCCUGCGUGCGCGAUAGAGUGCCCAAGGGCAUCCCGGACAUCGUGCAGAGCGUAGCGCAGGUCACCGGCAACAUCAAUGACUAUGUGGACCGCGUGCACCAGCAGGCGGAGCAGUGCGACGAGCAGACGGGUUUCAUGGGCGCUAUGUGCAAGGCGACUCAGGUGGCGCCGCUCGGCGGGCAGUUGGGGCUGCUGGGCGGCGAGGUGGGCGCCGUGAGCGCGCAGCUGGCCGUGCUGGUGGACGGCACCGCGCGCCACUGCACCGUCACCGGCGCGCACGUGCGUGAGGCACAGGCCAUGGCCUCGAGCCUGAGCACCGCCGAGUGCAUCAAGGUGGCCGGCGGCAACCAGGGCACCCCGGAGACGGCCAGGUACUACGCGCGCCGGAGGAACGCCCACUCGUCCAUUGUCGUGUAUAACUCGAGCAUGCGCGGACCACUGCUGUAACCGCUAGCGCCCCCCCUGCCGGCCGCCACUAAACACGACAGCACAGCA